CGCAAACGACCACGCCGUCCGUCUCUUUCUACCCUCGGCCCCUCCUUGCUUUCCUCCACCGCCGCCUCGACGUCCCCCGGCGAGCCGACCGCCGCAGCCACCCCUGCGCCAGCCCGCUGCAUCUGCUUCUCCCGUUCCGUCGCGUCGCCUCCCCUCAGUGCGCGGACGCCGCGAGGAGACCAUGGCGGCGACCGCGGAUCCGAGGGCGAAGCCGCCGCCCGCGGCGUCGCACCACCUCAAGCCGUGGGCGCCACAGCCGCGCCCUCGCGCACGCCGCGUGCCUCCCCUCCCAGGCCCGGUAGUGACCGGGGGAGGCGGCGCGCGCGAUCGGCGCCGCUCCUCCUCCUCAUCCUCCUCCUCGUCGUCGCACCGACGUCUCAGCGCCGACGCGGGCACCGUGCAGAUGGAGCUGCCUUGCGACGGUCAGAUAAAAGAUCCCCGUGCCAAGCUCAUGGGCCACCUCCGCCCUCUGCCGCCCCCGCCCCCGCCCCCGCCGCCGCCUAAGCCGCAACCCCGGCCGCCGGGACCCGAGCCGGCAGCGCCGCUUCCGCAGCCGACGCCGUCUCAGCCGGAGGAGGCUGCGGCGGCCAGGCCCUGGAACCUGCGUGACCGGAAGUGCCGCCGACCAACGGCACGCGGGGCGGCAGCGGCUGCGGCAGCGGCACUCGACGCGUCGCACGCGCGGGACGCCGCCGGGGCGGGGGCGGAGAAGGCGCGGCUGCCCGUGCCCCUGGAGCGCGCGCCGUUCGCCGUGGCGCUGACGGCGGAGGAGGUGGAGGACGACGUGUACGCUCUGACCGGCGCCCGGCCGCGGCGGCGUCCCCGGAAGCGUCCUCGCGUCGUGCAGCGGCAGCUCGAUGUAAGGCCAAUUCCCCAUACUGCCCCUCGUGCUCCACCUAUAACCACUUCAUGUUGCACGAGAAAGAAAAAAACGUAGCAUUAUUCUAUCUCGUCAUCGAAUAUAUAUAAUCAGUUCUUGUUCGGAAGAACACAACGCUCCGAUAGAUCCAGCUAAUCUCGUUCUGGCUAUUGUGUCCCGUGGUGCAGGCGCUGUUCCCUGGGCUGUGGCUGACCGAGAUCACCGCCGACGCCUACAAGGUGCCGGACGAGUAGCAAGCCGCCGAAGCCCCGCCGCUGUCUGCUCCAGCGUCCGGCCGGCCAGCUAGUCGUUCGCCGUUCUACCAUUGAUGGGUCGCCAGAAACAUUAAGCAUAAUCUUGUCGUCUGUAAGUAGGCUUAGUCGUCUCGAUUUGAUGGUAGGUGCUUGUGCCCGCUCGCCAUGUCCCAUCGCUUGUAACACUUUUCGCUCCCCCUUAAAGAUCUUAAGCUUUGUCGUCCUCGUC